GGUACCCGAAGCUGCAGUUUUUACUUUUUAGCAGUAGAGCUAGAAAGUGAAGACACUUGAAGUGCUAACCAUGGAGAACUCGAAAACAAGCGACAAGCUAUCUGCCUUUUUAGAAUCUGGAAUUUACAGAUUCGAGAAUUCAAAUGUUGUUUUUAUAGACCCGGUUCGAAUGUUAAACCGGUCCUAUACCCGCUUCAGGUCUUCACCAUCUGCCUACUAUUCUCGUUUCUUCGAUUCCAAAGAAACUACUGUAACUUCAGAUUCAAAGAAACGAAAGCGAAAGGAGAAGAAGACACCCCGCGACUUAAACGAAAGAGAACAAGCUGCUACUCUGCGUCACCAGCAAGCGAGGCCUAUGUUGUUGAAGGCCCAUGGAUUUUUGAUGGAAGCUACUGAUCUCUUAGCGAUUAUGAAGGAUUUAAGGGGUGGCAGUAAUAUCUGUUCUUCAACAGAAUUGAGUGAACAACACUCUUUUAUUGAGCUUGGAAAGGUCUGGCAAGCUCCUCUCUAUGAAAUCGUUCUUAAAGGUGCUUGGAAGGGGUUAGAAAGAGUGGUUCCUGUUUUUAACAAUUUGGUUGUUAACGAGACAAGUGAUGAUAUGGAGGCAGAAUUUCUAAACAAUAAAUAUAUAUUGCCAAGAGAGAGUUGCUUCUACAUGUCUGAUUUGGGGCAGGUUCACAACCUUAUUCACGAAUGCAAUGUUGGCUUCAAUCUUAUAGUGAUCGAUCCACCAUGGGAAAAUGGAAGUGCUCGUCAAAAACUUAGGUACCCAACUCUGCCAAACUGGUAUUUCUUAUCCCUUCCUAUUAAGCAACUUGCUCAUCCAGAUGGUGCCCUUGUAGCCUUGUGGAUGACCAACAGAGAGAAAUUGCAUAAUUUUGUUCAGAAAGAGCUAUUUCCUUCAUGGGGAGUCAGUCACGAAGCUACUUAUUACUGGCUGAAGGUGAAAGCAGAUGGCUCACUGAUUAGUGAUUUAGAUCUCUUUCAUCAUAGACCUUAUGAAUGCCUUCUAUUGGGCUAUUUUGAUGGACAGGGCACAAAUUCUAAACAGCCGCCAAGGCUGAGACCUAUAAAACAUGAUCAAAUCAUCAUAAGCAUCCCAGGGGAGUACUCGAGGAAGCCUCCAAUUGGAGAGUUGCUGCUGGAGCAUGUUCCAGACUUUAAACCUGCUCGAUGUAUUGAACUAUUUGCUAGAGAGAUGACAGCUGGAUGGACUUCUUGGGGAAAUGAACCUCUUCAUUUUCAACAGUCGACAUCUUUUGUAAGGGAUGAGAUCGAUGAUACAUCCUGAUGAAGGCACUUUUGUAGUGAACUUUCAAGGGAGCCUGGAGCUGUUGGCAUCCCUCUUUUCCAAAUAUAUGCUCCUUAUUACAUUUGUGUGCAGGUAGCAAGCAGGUGGUGAACUGGUUUGGUCACCAUGUUCAAAAGCCAACCAGUUCCGGAACAAGAGUCUAAGUAGUGUGUUAUUGUGGUCACUUUGCCAGUCCGAGCUAAUGGAAAUGAUUUUUUUAACAUGUGCAAUGAGUAUUCAGAUCAGGCAAACGAGAUUAGGAUAGUGAAGGAGGAGAGGAUGUUCUGGGAUAUUCAUGGAAUGCUUUUCCUAAUAUUCAAAGAUGCAUAAAAGUUUCACUAGGCAAUCUGGAGUAGAUUGAAACAACCCGAGCCCUUCCUUGUGUUUGUAUCACUUCUCCCAGUUCUGUACUUGAGACCGUGAGGCAUCUCAGAAUUUCCCAGUAAAGGAUGUACUUGGUAGGUCUAGAGAAAAAGGUCCUACAGAGAGUCUAACAUCGUGCACGCUUGCGAAGGAUGUCUGACCACCGGCAACUGUCCUGAGGGAUGUUUGUGAUUGCUAUAACAAAAUCACCUGCCACUAUACUAUCUCAUGACCUAUCUGGGCAAGUGAUCAUCCAUGCAGUAACAAUCCUAUCCAUGUGUUCUUGUGUUUGUCUCUCACGUGAUAAGUCUGUAAUGCAAUCUAUCAAAUAUUUCACGAAA